AAUGUCACUCAGGUUGAAGGAACCUCCCACACUGUAUAUAUUCUCCUGUGCAGUGAGGCGAGGCCCUGCAGCAUUCUCAUUUCUUCUCAGCUGUACUUGACUGACUACAUCUGCAAAGAUGGUGAAAGGUAUGAUCAUAAAGAACAUGUCCUUCAAGGUUGGGCAGACCCUGACUGUUAUUGGAGUCCCUAAGCCCGAUGCUUCAAAUUUUGAAGUGAAUAUUGGCCCAGAUGAGCAGGAGAUUACUUUGCAUAUCAACCCUCGUUUUAACGCCCACGGAGAUGAGAAUGUGGUGGUCUGCAACUCUUACCAGGGAGGCAACUGGUGUGAGGAGCACCGUGAGGGAAGCUUUCCUUUCCUCCAGGGAGAGGAGUUCAAGAUCAUCAUUGAAUUCACCCCUGCAGAGUUCCAUGUGACUUUAUCAGAUGGCUCUUCAAUCCACUUCCCCAAUCGCAUAGGUGCGGAGAAGUACUCGUUCAUCAGCUUCGAUGGGGAUGUUCGCAUCAGAAGCUUUGAGAUCCAGUAAACCUCCUACCUGCCAGGAGUUAUUGGAUUGAAAUUCAGUUUUUCUUAUAUAGUCCCAGCUUUUAAGUUCCUGAAAAUAUGUGGUAUCAGUAGUGCCUUACAUGCUUCUCACACAAUGUAUUAUGCAAUAAUUUAGUUUGUCAACAUGUGCAGAUGCAAUCAACCAUAGACAAAAAGAUAAGAUACAUAGAAAGUCAUAAUACGCGGAUUUACACACAGAAAAGCAUAUAGUAAAUAUUGUAACUGCAUGUCCUUCCUGCACACUUGACAAAGCUACUGACUGAAAAGCAAACCAAACAUAAAGUAGUCCCAAGCCUAUGUUCUCUGACUGUUAUUUGCUUUGAAGUUUGCAGGGUUUAGUUGAAAAGUGCCACAUAAAAUGUGAUAAUUUGUUCUUGAAGGUGUUUUGAAAUGCUGCAUGCUCUCUUGUUUUCCCUCCUAGACAUUCCAGAGUAUAAUGCUUGCCUUUACAACAUGUAUUAAAUCAUGUCCUUUGAUGAUAAA